GCAGAACAUCGAUGACAGCACAAGAGCUGGGCGUUUGACACUCUUAAGUAAUCCUGGAUGAACGCUUCUAACGCAGUCAUCGACAUCAGACCGAGCAGCGUUAAAUAAGCAGCCAAUGAACGCUCUGUUCCCCGUCGGUAUAAAAACCUGUGAUCGGCUGCGCCGCUCGCUGAACUGUGAAUGAGCAGCUCACAGUCAGUGACGGGAAGCGCGGAUGGCUCGGCAGCUUUUACGCGCUGACUGUCAUGCAUAAUUGCUUGUUGACGGAGGAAAGCGGCGCCAACACCAUGCAAACCUCUCUACUGUCAGCGGCACACUCUCCCGGGAUACCUACAGCUGUUUCAUACAUGUGGAAAUCAGGACACCCGCAGUCGCCCAACUGGACCGGGCUGGAGAGAGACAACGCGACGAGUCUCGGCGACUUGGACACGUUUGAGAACCGGCGCGCACAGUAUGGCCAGUUUUCUCCGUCCACCUCAAUAUUCCUCACUGUGCUUAUGACGCUGCUGGUGUUCGCCACAGUUCUUGGAAACGCGCUUGUCAUUUUAGCCUUUGUGGUUGAGAAAAGUUUACGCACACAAGGCAACUUUUUCUUUUUAAAUUUGGCCAUAGCGGACUUUCUUGUCGGCGGGUUUUGCAUCCCCGUGUAUAUUCCCUAUGUCCUGACGGGCGAAUGGAGACUGGGCAGAGGUCUGUGUAAACUGUGGCUGGUCGUGGAUUAUAUGCUGUGCACCGCUUCAGUCUUCAACAUCGUGCUCAUCAGUUUUGACAGGUUCCAGUCCGUUACUAAAGCGGUGAGUUACCGUUGCCAGAAGGGCAUAACUAGAGAGGCUGUUUUGAAGAUGCUCUGCGUGUGGCUGGCGGCGUUCCUUCUCUAUGGUCCAGCUAUUAUCAGCUGGGAACACAUCGCAGGAGGAAGCGUGGUGCCAGACGGAGAGUGCUAUGCCGAAUUUUACUUCAACUGGUAUUUUCUGAUGACUGCCUCCACUGUCGAGUUCUUCACACCUUUCAUAAGCGUCACUUACUUCAACCUCAGCAUUUACAUCAACAUCCGCAACAGAUGCGCAGUGAGGGAAGAACAGCCGACUUAUAUUCGGCUCAGGAGUUUCAAGAUGAGGCCGGUUGGAACUGGCGACGUGCAGCGUGUGUUUUUUGUGAGGCCUGUGGAGGAACGGGAGGUCGACUUAUCCUCAAGGUCACGAUGCUGCCGGUUACCUUCGACUGCAAAGGUGUCUGCGGCAGAGUUUGCCACUGCCAGACAGACUAAACGGAGAGACAGCACAAUUGCAGACUUGCCUCCUCUGCAGGUCGGAGACAGGAUCAUGACAUCCAGUGAGGCGCAGUUUCAUUACGUGGAUCAUUCGGGUGGAUCACACAGACACCGUCCUGAUAUGGUUGCCAGUCUGGCCAGCCGCUUCCGCUUGUCUAGAGAUAAAAAGGUGGCGAAGUCUUUAGCUGUGAUAGUUUGUGUUUUCGGACUCUGUUGGGCACCCUACACUCUGCUGAUGAUCAUUCGGGCAGCAUGUCACGGUCAGUGCGUCCAGCACUACCUUUAUGAGAUCUCGUUCUGGCUGCUGUGGAUAAACUCAUCCAUCAAUCCCAUCCUGUAUCCUCUGUGCCACAGCAGCUUCAAAAGAGCCUUCAGCAAAUUACUGUGUCCGAGCAAAACAAAAAUUCAACCUCAAAACAUGGACCAGAAGUAUUAAAUUUAUGAGGAUGACCAUAUUUCCAAAUAGGGCUUUUCUUUUUUUUAACGUGCUUGUAUCUAGCAGUACAUUUUCUUUGUGUACGUUGUGAGCGAGUAGACAGAGAUCUUUCAUCUACUUAUUCAAACUCACAUUUUUGUAUGAAAUGAUGGCAUAGCUAUAUUUCUUCCAAAUUCAAUGAUGAAUUAUGGAUCUGUUUCAUAAAUUAUGUAUACAUGACUGAAAGUGUCUAGCACAGUGCCAUGUUUGGCUUUGUAAGU